GGUGCCACCCACUUGGGCACUGCUGCGGAGCAUGCCGGGAAAGAAGCUGAAGCCCGGUCACCUUUGAGAGUGCCGGGGCAUUAGGCUAACCAUUCCGAGAUGUGGUUCGAGAUUCUUCCUGGACUUGGCAUCAUGGGCGUGUGCUUGCUCAUUCCCGGAGUGGCCACUGCAUACCUCCACAGGUUCUCCUUCGGGGGCAAGGAAAAAAGAGUCGUCAAUUUUCCAUAUCAGUGGAGUAUGAUGGAAAGAGAUAGGCGCAUCUCUGGAGUUAAUCGUUACUAUGUGUCUAAGGGUUUGGAGAACAUCGAUUAAAGGAAGCGUUUUCCUGAUUGAUGAAAAAAUAGCACAGUUAUGGUCAUUAAUUGCUGGAAGUUUAAGCAGUGUAUUAUGUAGCGUGUAUUUUGAUGUGUUAUGCAAUGCUUAAUAAAAACAAAAUUAAAAGUAAAA